AUGAGUCGCUAUUUGACCCCGGCCAAAGUCACAUUGCUGGUUGUGGCUCUCCUCUACGCGGAAGAUGUAGUCCCAACAUCUGAAGCCAGAUCAGUCCUGGCCUUCCUCGUCAGCCAGAUCAUCCCUGCAAAUAAAGCGUCUGCAUCGACAAAUACAAGCACUGAAACUGAGCAUGCACUGCCAAUAUCAGUCUUCGAAGCGACGCUCUCUCCCCACCCCUCAGCGAGACCUGGACGCUCUUUGUAUGACCUCCUGUUAAAGAGACUAUGGACCAUCGACUGUUUUCAUGCUCUUGAGGCAUUCAUCACCAAUCUUCCUUGUCUCCUCACCAAGACACGGGACGAAAUUCUUCACGAGCGGGAAACCGGAGAAGAAUCGGAGCAACUCCAUGGCCACAUUUUACGAACCUCUACUCUGGGCGCUUUCAUUCGUCGUUGUCAUCUGGAGUACACGAGACUUCAAUUCCAGGAUAGCAUCGCUCUUUGGCAGGAUUUCAUUUCCUACCGGUUGCCGACCCGGCAAGCCUACGAAAAGAAGAGCAGGUCUGAUGGAGGGGGUGGGCUCGACAUCAAUCUGGCCCGUCUUCGCAUCGAUACGUCACAUCCUCUUGCGCAAUUGAUGUACGGGCGACUAGUUGAGGAACAGCAAAAGGACCACGGAGCUUUUAGCGUGUACGACAUUGAGAAACUGAUGGAAUUCCAAGUCUCGGAACUUCAGAAGCUUGGAGGACGGUUGCCUGACAGUAUGAAAACAAAACUCCAACAACUCACCAAAGCAGGGGCCAAUGUUCCCAAGAUAGGACACUACCUGAAAUUUCUCGAUUCCUGGCGGGCGGGAGAUUACUUCUCGGCCUUCGAUAACCUGCACAGAUAUUUCGACUACGCCAUGCAAAACAGAGAACGAGCUUUCUAUCAGUACGCGCUGCUUAACCUCGCAAUCCUGCAGGCCGAUUUUGGCUGUUAUGCCGAGGCGCUUCCAGCCAUGCAGGAGGCCAUUGCAACCGCUCGAGAGAACAGAGACGUCACAUGCCUCAACUUCUGCAUGAGCUGGAUCUACCACUUCGGGAGAUCGUUUCCGAACGAGAUAAAUGCAGCAGGAGGCAAUGGAAUCUUAGGGAAUGAGGUGGAGGGGUUGGCGUUCUUGAAAUCAAGAGCAAAGGAUGCCGAAAUGUGGAGUCUGCUCAGCACGACACUGUUGAGCGAAGCAAAACUUGGUCUGCAGCAUGGCGAAAGCCUAGCGACUGUCUUUGAAAACAUUGCAAAGGCGUCACAUCUCAAUACUGUCCAGUCAACACAGAGCGCCACAGGCCCAACAUUGCUGAUGAAAGGCGCAGCCUACAGCAGGGUGGGCAUCGCCCACCUCGCUUGGUUGUGCGGAGAGACGUUUCUCCAGUGCCAUGUCCCAGAGGCACCACUUGAGGAUAUCCUCAAAUGCAAUUGCAGAACGGCCGGUCUCCUCGUCCAGCGAGGACGAUAUGGCGAGGCAAAUCAGGUGCUCAACAACGUCCCCGAGCACGUCCUGCGUGUGACAAAGUUCCAGAACUAUCUGGACUUCUACACCGGCAUUCUGAAGACCCGCCGAUUCUUGCAUCGAGAUGAUCCCAACGCUGCAGAGCAUUUACUUGACCGGCUGCGAGGCCAGGGCCCGCCAGACGCCGAGAUUGGAUUCUCCUUGUCGCUCUUGGAGAUCGAGCUGCUGAUGCGGCGUGGCAAUUUCAACACGGCUCUCAAAAGUGUUGAGUCAUUGGCGCAACGCGCGUACAACGAGAUCAGCGACAUCGCCGUUCAAACCCGGCUGUUGAACCUCAAAGCCAGAAUCCUGGCCGAAUGUGGCCAUCCACUGAAAGGCUUUUCUCUCGUCACAAAAGCGGCGCAAAUCGCCUAUCGCGGUCGCAUCCUACCCUCGCUGUGGGAAUCAGUCGGGCUCCUCGCCAUGCUUCUUAUUGAACUGAGAGAGUUCACCGCCGCUGCAGAUAUACUUGAGUCUAUCUUGCCCUCGGUAUUGGAAUAUCAGGAUUGUGACCUCACUGCUCGGUCGUAUUCGGUCCUCGCGGAUGCCUACAUGGGUCUCGCCGGCGAGGAGGAGGACAAGGCCACAAAACAGAAGGAAUUUCUCAGCAGAGCCAUGGAAAGUAUUGACCACGCCUACGUGCAGUCUAGAUAUAUCGAAGAUCUCAAAGGUCAGCUGGAAAUGCUGAAGAAGAAGGCCACUCUGCUGCAUUGGAGGGGUGAUUUGGUGCUAGCGAACGACAUUGCAACCCAACACCUCGAGCUGCAGAGGAAGUACGAAUCAGAGAGAGUGUAG